UGGCGCAAAGAUGGCGGUCCCAGGCAAACGGAAACUCGGGGCAGCCACUAGCGACAACGGUGCCGGGUGGAGUAAGCGGGGGUCAGGGGCUGCCGGGCCAGAGGGAAGCGGCCGGGGGCAGCCGCAGUCGCUCUUCGUGGAGGGCUCUAUAGUCAAGGUCACUAUGGAGAAUUUCCUAACAUAUGAUAACUGUGAAGUGUCUCCAGGACCCCAUUUGAACAUGAUAGUAGGAGCUAAUGGAACAGGAAAGUCAAGCAUUGUUUGUGCCAUUUGUCUGGGAUUGGCAGGAAAACCUUCUUUCAUAGGGCGUGCGGACAAAGUUGGUCUGUAUGUAAAGCGAGGGUGCUCAAAAGGCUUGGUUGAAAUUGAACUGUUUAAGACUCCUAAAAAUCUCAUUAUCACACGUGAGAUUCAUGUAGCAAACAAUGCAUCAGUGUGGUUUGUCAAUAAAAAGCCUUCAACCCUGAAAAUAGUAGAGGAGCAGAUUGCAGCCUUAAAUAUCCAAGUGGGCAAUCUGUGCCAGUUUCUUCCUCAGGACAGAGUUGGGGAAUUUGCAAAACUGUCCAAGACUGAGCUUCUUGAAGCUACAGAGAAAUCAGUUGGCCCACCAGAAAUGUACCAGUUCCACUGUGAACUAAAAAACUUCAGAGAGAGAGAGAGAGAACUUGAGAAUUCAUUGCAAGAAAAAACUAAUUUCUUGGAGAAAAUGAAGCAAAGAAAUGAACGGUAUAAGCAAGAUGUGGAGAGAUACUAUGAACGCAAGCGUCAUCUAGAUUUAAUAGAGAUGCUUGAGAGAAAAAGACCGUGGGUGGAAUAUGAAAACGUUCGCCAAGAGCAUGAGGAGGUGAAACAAAACCGUGACCAUGCAAAGGAAGAAUUAAAAAAACUACAACAAACACAGUCUCCAAUGACACAGCAAAUUCAAGAAGUUGAAAAGCAGUGGAGGAAUUUGGAUAUAAAAAUCAAAGAGAAGACUGCUGAAAUCAAAGACACUUCUCAAAGAUGUAAACAAAAACAAGAUGCUGUGGAAAAGAAAGACAAACAAAUUGAAGAAAUUCAGCAAGCUUUGAGAAUAAAAAACGAUGAAGAAAUGGAUCGACAGAAGAGAAUGCACAACGCUCGUAAGAUGAUAGAGGACUGGCAGAAUGAGCUCAACAGUACAGGAAACUCUGAGAAUCUUCAACCACAGAUUGAUUCUAUUAACAAUGAGCUAAGACAGUUGCAAGAAGAAAAGGCAAAUAUUGAUGGUGAAAUGAGUGAUCUGCGAAGAGAGAGAGAGAACCUAGAGAGGGAAAAGAAAAGAGUAACUGAUCGCAUUGUACAGUUUAACAAUAUGAUGAAUCUGAAGGAAGAUAAGCUCAGAGGGAGAUACCGAGACACACACAAUGCUCUUCUGUGGCUAAGGGAGAACAAAGACCGAUUUAAAAGAAGUGUCUGUGAACCCAUGAUGCUUGCAAUAAACAUGAAAGACAAUAGACAUGCUAAAUAUGUUGAAAAUCACAUUUCAGCAAAUGAUAUGAGGGCCUUUGUUUUUGAAAGUCAAGAAGACAUGGAAAUAUUUCUUCGGGAGGUGCGUGACCAUCAGAAACUAAAAGUUAAUGCUGUAUGUGCACCCAUUGUGUCAUGUGCUGAAAAUAGACCUUCAAGAUCAGUUGAAGAGUUGCACCAAUAUGGUGUUUUCUCUUAUUUGCGAGAGUUAUUUGAUGCUCCUCAUCCUGUGAUGAGUUACCUUUGUUCGCAGUAUCGUGUUCAUGAUGUCCCUGUGGGAACUGAGAAGACCAGAAGCAUGAUUGAAAGGGUCAUACAAGAAACCAAAUUUAAGCAAAUCUACACAGCAGAAGAAAGAUAUUCAGUGAGAGUGUCUGCUUAUACAAACCAAACUAUUUCUAGUAACACAUCCCUGAGACCAGCGCAGUUUCUCACUGUCACAGUAGAUGCAGAUGAAAGAAGGCAGUUGGAAAACCAGCUAAAGGAUAUUAAUAGACUUUUCCAGUUACGGGAUACUCAAUUGCAUACAUUAUAUGAGAGGCAGAAGGGUCUGGAACGCAAAGAUAAUGAGCUGAGACAGCAAAAGAAGGAACGUUUGGAGAGAAAAAACAAAAGGAAACAACUGGAAUCAAAAAUUAGUAUGAAACAUGAUAGUUUGAAACAGAUGGAGCAAGAUGCCAUCAAUCUAGAAGAGGAGUCUCAACAAACAAAUGCUAGGAUCAAAGAAAUUAAUGUCCAAAAAGCAAAACUUGUUACAGAAUUAAUGCAACUCAUAAAGAAUUGCAUAACACUGAACAUCCUCAAAGUGGAUUUGGUUCUUCAGAGCACUACAGUGAAUUCCAAGAAGAAUAGACUAGAAUCUGAUUAUAAAGCAGCAACUGUACAACUAAGAGCUUUAGAGCAACAAGUUUCUGACUUGGGUGGAAAAAAACGUGUUCUUUUGGAGAAGUGCAAGGGACUGAUGAGGAAAGCUAGACAUGCAUGUAAUCUCAGCCCUGAUCAAGAAAUUCCAAAAGACUUUCAGACUGCAUUCCAGGACCUUCCAAGCACAUUGGAUGAAAUUGAUGCUUUACUGAAUGAAGAGAAAUCAAGAGCCUCCUGCUUCACAGGCCUAAAUGCUUCAGUUGUUGAAGAAUAUAAUAGAAGGGCACAAGAAAUACAGCAAGUAACGGAAGAACUAGAAGAAAAGAAAAGCGAAUUGGAGAGCUAUAGGCAAAACAUUUCACAAGUUAAAGAAAGGUGGCUAACACCUUUGAAACAGCUGGUUGAACAAAUUAAUGAAAAGUUCAGUAAUUUUUUUAGUUCUAUGCAGUGUGCUGGUGAAGUUGAUCUUCAUACAGAAAAUGAGGAGGAGUAUGACAAAUAUGGGAUUCGAAUUAGAGUUAAAUUCCGUAGUAAUACCCAACUGCAUGAACUGACUCCUCACCAUCAGAGUGGAGGUGAGAGAAGUGUUUCGACUAUGCUGUACUUGAUGGCUCUGCAGGAACUCAACAGAUGUCCUUUCAGGGUUGUAGAUGAAAUAAAUCAGGGAAUGGACCCAGUCAAUGAGAGGAGAGUUUUUGAAAUGGUUGUGAAGACUGCUUGUAAAGAGAGCACUUCUCAGUAUUUCUUUAUUACACCAAAGCUCCUGCAGAAUCUCACCUAUGCUGAAAAAAUGACAGUGUUGUUUGUCUACAAUGGACCUUUUAUGCUAGAACCAACGAAGUGGAACUUAAAGGCAUUCCGUAGGCGGCGGCGACAAUUUGAGCAAAUGGAUCAGUAGUGAAUUCCAUAGUGUCUUUUGGAGCUACUGGUCUGUGAGACUGUAUUUAUGAAAACAGUGGUUGAAUCUGAGAGGGAAACCUGCAGAGAACUGACAAUGAAGAGCUGGGCUUCUUUUUUUUUGAAACUUAUCUUCAAAUAUAUGUAAUAUUUUCUUAGAUCUGUUCUAGACAUCUAUUCCUUCAAAGAAAAUCUCAUUUUUACCUCGGACUAGCUAUCUUAAUGGGAGGGCCCCUAGAAACCUGGAUCUUUUGCACUUUGCUAUAUCCAACAUACGCAUCAGGAAAUUUUAGCUGUCUGUUUAUUUCUUUCCAAAUGAGUUAUGUUUGGUCAAAUCCACUUUUGUUGAAGUUUUCUAAAGUUGUGAUGUAUAUUAGGUUAAUACAUUGCACAGGUAACUUGAAGAUAAAGUUACAGUGGAUAGCUGUGAAGUGGUUCUAUUGAAAUGGUAACUACGUGAGUGAGGCAGAAGGGUAUGUGAUGUCACCAGACUCUCAACUAGUGUGAUGUAGCCUUCUAUCACAGUUUUUUCUUGUGGUGGUUAUUAAAUAUAAAAUAGCAUACA